UACAUCGGGUUGUGGCUUUACACAUGCUGGGCAGCCUUACCCUGUGUUGGGCGGCACCCAGCAUUUGCAGAGAUGAACGCGGAUCUGGCUGCGUAUACAGCAAUCUGCGUUCAUCUCUGAAUAAGGUCCUAAGUGCAAUGUUCUGCAUGAUGUCCCUUUAUAUUGUGGGUGUUUCCCUUAGUAUAACUGAGCCUGUAGCUAUAAUGUGAGUGACAGCUCAGCCUCGCCCUGUGUGCAGAAUGUGACCACAUUAGUAUCUGAGUGUCAGAGACUUUAACCUUUAUUUCUCUCUCCUGCUGCCAGUAAUGGCGUCUGCUGAUCUGAGACAGGAGCUGGACUGUUCCAUCUGCCUGAGCAUUUAUACAGAUCCUGUAACCCUGAGAUGUGGGCACAACUUCUGCCGGGUCUGUAUUGAUCGUGUGCUGGAUGCACAGGAGGACACAGGAGUUUAUAGCUGUCCUGAUUGCAGAGCAGAGUCUCAGGAGCGUCCUGCACUGCAGAGGAACAUAACUCUGUGUAACAUAGCGGAGAGUUUUCUGUCUACUCUGCCAGAUCAGGAGGAGACUGGGUACCUCUGCACUUACUGUAUUCACUCUCCUGUACCUGCUGCUAAAUCCUGUCAGCUGUGUGAGGCUUCUCUGUGUGAUGAUCACCUGCGGGUACACAGCAAGUCAGCAGGGCACGUCUUAUGUGACCCCACCACUGCCCUGGGUAACAGGAAAUGCUGCGUACAUAAGAAGAUCCUGGAGUAUUACUGCACUGAGGAUGAUGUCUGUAUCUGCGUGUCCUGCAGUUUGGCCGGAGAACAUCGGGGACACCUGGUGGAGAUGCUGGAUGAGGCCUCUGAGAAGAAGAAGGAGAAGCUGAGAAAUGUUCUUCAGAAACUGACCACAAAGAGAGGGGACACUGAGAAAAGAAUCCAUAGUCUGCAGAAGCGGAGGAGAGAAGAUCAGGGAAAAGUAGUAGGUCUAACAGAUAGAGUCAAUGCCCUGUUUAGAGACAUCAGGAGACAGCUGAAAGACCUGGAGAAGAGAGUCCUGAGUGAGAUCUCCAGGCAGGAACAGUGCUUUUCACUCUCAGUCGCUGAUCUGAUCCAGCAGAUGGAAAUAAAGAAGGACGAACUGUCCGGGAAGAUGCGUCACAUUGAGGAGCUGUGUAAUAUGUCUGAUCCAGUGACUGUCUUACGGGAACCAGACACAGGGGACUUGUGUGACACUGAGGACACAGAGAGACAUGAUAGCCAGGUCCGUGGUGCAGGAGAUCUGGAUGUGGGUCUUAUCUCAGGGACAUUACACACAUUAUCUGAUAUAAUAACAGGGAUAAAUACAGGGAUCUAUGUGCAGGAAGAUACAGAUAUAUUACUGGAUGUAACCACAGCUGCUAAUGAUGUACAGAUAUCAGGUGACAGGAAAACUGCAUCCAGCUCACACAUAAACCAGAAUCGCUCAGUAACACCAGAGAGAUUUCAGAGUCAUCCUCAGGUAAUAAGCAGCAGGAGAUUCUCCUCAGGGCGACAUUACUGGGAGGUGGAUGUCAGUAAGUCAGUGAGCUGGAGGGUGGGGAUGUGUUAUCCCAGUAUAGACAGAAGAGGGAAUCAGUCAUUAAUUGGAGAUAAUAACAAGUCCUGGUGUUUGAGAAGGUUUAAUAAUGAGUGUUCAGUGCUACAUGACAGUACAGAUAUCCCGUUAGCUGGUAAUAUUCCCUGUGACAGAGUGAGGGUAUACCUGGAUUAUGAGGCAGGACAGCUGUCCUUUUAUUCUCUGGGUGACCCCAUCAGACACUUACACACCUACACUGCCGCCCUCACUGAGCCCCUCCAUGCUGCACUAGGUGUAUGGAGAGGAGGGCGUAUAACUAUAUCUGGGGCAGACAGGGUCCAGGACUGGGAGGAAUUAGCAUAAGAAAUCUGCCCAGAUCCCAAGGAAAGAAAUAUGGGCCCUCAUUCCGAGUUGAUCGGUCGCAAGGCGAAUUUAGCAGAGUUACACACGCUAAGCCGCCGCCUACUGGGAGUGAAUCUUAGCUUCUUAAAAUUGCGACCGAUGUAUUCGCAAUAUUGCGAUUACUAACUACUUAGCAGUUUCAGAGUAGCUCCAGACUUACUCUGCCUGUGCGAUCAGUUCAGUGCUUGUCGUUCCUGGUUGACGUCACAAACACACCCAGCGUUCGCCCAGGCACUCCCACCGUUUCUCCGGCCACUCCUGCGUUUUUUCCGGAAACGGUAGCGUUUUCAGCCACACGCCCCUGAAACGCCGUGUUUCCGCCCAGUAACACCCAUUUCCUGUCAAUCACAUUACGAUCGCCGGAGCGAAGAAAAA